AUGGCUGCUAAAUACAUCUUUCCUGCUAUACUGGGAUCUGUUGUCGUCGCGUAUGUUAGCGACAACUUGAUAGCUGACCAGAAGAUCUUUGGAGGUACAACUCCUUCGACUGUCUCGAAUAAACAAUGGUGGCUCGAGACCGACAAGAAGUUCCAGGCAUGGCCCCGCACGGCAGGCCCCCCUGUGGUCAUGAACCCGAUCAGCCGUCAAAAUUUCAUCGUUAAGUCUGACCUCGAUCAGUAA